AUGGGUGAAAACGAUAUUAAAGAUGAAAUGAUGUUUGAUAUCAUUGAUGAUAACUUUGUAGACACUGAAGAAGAUUAUGAAAAGUUAUCUAGAUCUUCUGAAAUGGAAAUCUAUUUAAAGUCAAAACAUUUGCUAAAUGAUUUAGCAAGAGAUAUGGUCGAUGGAAAGAAAGUACUCUUUGUAACAGGUGCAGGUCUCAGUGUACCAAGUGGUUUAGCUGCCUAUAGAGGCACAAAGAAAGCUGUAUGGGAGAAGUUUGUUACUGAUUGGGGUACUAGAUCAAAAUGGAGAAAAGAUCCAAUGUUAUGGUGGAAUCAUUUUUGGUUAAAUACUCAUGAAAAGCAGGAAUAUAUUGAUGCAUUACCUAAUAAUGGUCAUUUGGCUAUUGCAAACUUGGUAGAUGCUUGCAAUGUAAAGAUUAUUACUCAAAACAUCGAUCAACUGCAUCUCAAGAGUGGUGUACCUGAACCAAAGGUCAUUGAGAUUCACGGUCGUAUCGGUCUCUACAAAUGUGUCAAACCUGGUUGUAAAUAUAGUAUGGAUCAAAGUAUUGAUAUUGAUAUUAAUAGUUAUGCAAUUAAUAAUACACAAAUGAAAUUAGGAAAUUUACAAAUAUCAACACCAUUAUGUCCAGCUUGUUCACAACCUAUAUUACCGCAAUCGCUGUUGUUUGAUGAAGAGUACAAAUCACAUAAUUUCUAUCGGUGGGAUGACGCGAGCAAUUGGAUGGACAAGGCUGAUGUGGUGGUGUUUGUAGGUACGUCAUUUUCGGUUGGUAUUACCGACGAGGUCAUCUAUCGAUGCAAUAUGAUGGAGAAUAGAUCGUUUGCAGUAUUUCUCAAAAAAAAUCCUUCCUAUUAUCAAGAAGAAACACGGCUACAUGCGUCAAUGCUACAAGUUUUACAAGGUUUGGCUUACCUUCACGAUAACGAUAUGGUUCAUGGUGAAGUGAAUCUAAGUAACGUUCUUGUAUCUGCAGACUAUACUUUAAAGAUUGCUGAAUUUCAAUAUCAAUUCCACCAAAAUAAUCAGUCCACAAUUCUUGAAUCCCGGUCCGUAUCAAAUAUUGAUGGUUAUAAAUUAAUCCCAAAGGUAUUACAUUGUAAUAAUAAUAAUUAA